AUGUCCUUAGGAGAAUGUACGGUGUGCCAGAAGGAGCAGGCUAAGUAUCGGUGCCCGAAAUGCCCGGUGAAAUACUGCUCCUUGGUAUGCUUCAAGAGCCCGUUACAUUCACAUGAUAUCGUUGAGGAAACGGCUGCUCCUCAGCGUCCUGAGAAGUCUGGGGAACCUGUGGAAGACGAAGAACCCAGCAUAAACCAAAAGAUCGCCAAUGACCCAGUCAUCCAAAGUCUUCUCAAAUACAAAAGUCUCCAAGUUCACAUUGCCGUUAUCAUCAAGCUCCUCACAGACUCCUCCAUCACAAAUGAGCCUUUGGCCGAAAAUCGUAGGGAGAUCGCCAACAUGAGGUUAUGUGAUCUACGAAUGGGCGGUGCUGAGGAGAACGAGCUUGUGGAAGAGUUUGUGUCGAGGGUAAUAGAGUUGACAGGGUAG